GCGAUCUCUUUCGAACCUUGUGGCUUCACUUUUGAACUCCAUACAGUCAAUCGCAUCCCUUUUGCUGUUACUGUUUCUUUUCAUUGUAAUAUUUGCUCUCUUGGGUAUGCAAGUAUUUGGAGGAAAGUUUAACUUCAACCCUGAGGAAGAAAAACCACGUUGGAAUUUCGACUGCUUUUGGCAAAGUUUAUUAACAGUAUUUCAGAUUCUUACUGGCGAAGACUGGAAUCUUGUAAUGUAUGAUGGAAUACGUGCUUAUGGAGGAAUAAAGACAGUCGGGGCAUUGGCUUGCAUAUAUUUUAUAAUUUUGUUCAUUUGCGGCAAUUAUAUACUUUUAAAUGUUUUUUUGGCCAUCGCCGUUGAUAAUCUUGCUGAUGCAGAUUCCUUAACAACCAUAGAAAAAGAAGAAGAAAUUGAUGAUGGUAAAAAUAACAAGUCACACAGUCCGACUCCAACUAUUGAAGGUGAGGACGAGGAAAAUAUGAAUGUGGAGAUUGAUGUAAAUGGACAUUGUAUAGAUAUGGAAAAAUUAGAUGAUGAGAAUUUUUCUGAAGAGGAAGAUAACGAAAUUAGCCAUGAAGAGUAUGAUGAAUCCCGUUCCGAAGUAACACCGCGAGCAACUGCACGACCCCGGCGCCUUUCUGAAAUCAGCAUUAAGAAGACUAAAAAGCCAAUGCCACGUGGAAGUUCGUUCUUUAUAUUUAGUAACACCAACAGAUCCCGACAUUUGCACUGCUUUCGUCAGUUAUCUUUGGUGCCUUACUUCUGGCAGCACACCAUUUCGACUAUCAGCUGUUCAUCAGCCCAGGAAGAGGGAAUGCUGCUAAGUAUUGGAAAGAGCUCCUUAAACAAAAUGAAAGACUCUCGAACAACAACUGAUUUUAACGGCGUAAAAAUACGUGUGUUGAGUGUACUGCCCGUACAAAUAAGCUUUGUCGACUUCUGAUAUACAUUCAAGUAUAUAUGUACGUGAUGUGGGCCCUUGCCACGACAAAAAUUGACUGUUCACCAAAUAUUUUGGGAAUGUGAGGGAUGAUGUGGUGAACUCGUUUUAUGCUUGCGCUUAUGAACGAAAUAGUUUCUGUUGUAUUGAAGAAUAUUUUAGAAUUCUUAGCGGUAAAGCGGCCAUCGCUCUGUGCAGGCUGCUGCUUCUGCGCCUAUGAAGGUAUUUUGUUUUUGUAAGUAUAUUACUUGGAAUAUCCACUUGUGGACGGUAAAUUUCAUUGAAUAAAUAAUGAAUAAAGGGCAUCUAUUGUUAUUAACAUUUAUGGAUAAAUAAAUAUACAUACAUAUACAUACAUGUACAUGCCGCAUGGGCAAAAGAUUUUAAAGGUGAGAUCUUUAACAGACAGUAUCUGAUCGAACUUGACAGAAUCAGCAGUUUGGCUAACAUCACUAGAAGUGUGUUUAUAAAAAAACUGAAAUUGUGUUGGUGUUGUACGGAAAAAAUUGACCAAUGACACUUUGUUGCCGUCUGAACUAUGACUGAUUGGGCGAGUAUGUGAAAUUAUCGUCCGGAUUACGGCUGGCAAAAAAAUUGUGUUAGUGAUAUACGAAAACAAAUCAAAACAAUCUUCACUGAUGUUUCUUCGUGGCUAUCUGAACAAUGACUGAUUGGACGAGUGUGUGAAUGCAUGUGAAAUGAUCAUGCAGAAUUCGGCUGCCGUAUCCCCAAGUGAUGUGGCAGCCAAAGUUCCCCUCACAAUUUUCGUUUUCACCAUAGCAAAAUAGCAAACCUGGUGAUCUAUCAUCCUUGCGAAUACUUUGUGUCGCAUUCUGUUAGUGAAAGAAUUAGCUGGGCUUAGGGCAGAGAAUGUUCCUGUGCUUUCUCUGCUGCGAUCUCUUUAUGAUGAUAAACAAGUGCUAUUCGGAAAGGUUGAUAAAUUACAAACGGAG